AGCUGGUCUUCAUUCAUCAGCUGAAAUGUGGCCUAAAGAAGAAGUAUCAAUGUGUGUUUGAAGGAAUGGCGAAGCAAGGUGACUCCACACUCCUGAAUAACAUCUACACAGAUCUCUACAUCACUCAGGGUGGCAGUGAACAGGUCAAUACUGAACAUGAGGUGAGACAGAUUGAAGUUGCUUCCAGACGUCAUGAAGCACAAGAGAUACAGGUUGAAUGCACACAUUUGUUUGAAGCGCCUGAACAAGACGAGGAGAUCCGAACUGUACUGACAAAAGGAGUCGCUGGCAUCGGGAAAUCAGUCUCUGUGCAAAAGUUUGUUCUGGACUGGGCUGAAGGAAAAGAAAAUCAAGAUAUCAGCUUCAUAUUUCCUCUUCCAUUCAGAGAGAUGAACUUAAAGGAGAAAGAAAAACUAAGUUUGAUGGACCUUAUAACUCAAUUUUUCCCAGAGACAAAAGGACUGAACCUUACAAGGAAUCAGUUCAAAGUGCUGUUCAUCCUUGAUGGACUGGACGAAUGUCGCCUUCCUCUGAAGUUUGAUUGUAAUGAGACGUGGCGUGAUGUAUCGUCACCAGCCUCUCUGGAUGUUCUCCUAACGAACCUCAUGAAGGGAAAUCUGCUUCCUUCUGCUCUCGUCUGGAUCACCAGCAGACCAGCAGCUGCCAGUAAGAUUCCUCCUGACUGUAUCGACCGGCUGACAGAGAUACGAGGAUUCAGCGACGCACAAAAGCAAGAGUACUUCAGAAAAAGAUUCACGGAUGAUAUUCAAGCCAACACAAUCAUAGAUCAUGUUAAACAAUCAAAGAGUCUCUUUAUCAUGUGCCACAUCCCAGUCUUCUGCUGGAUUUCAGCCACUGUUCUCCAGAACAUUCUGGAGGAGAAGAGAAAUAAUGAUGUGAAAAACACUCAGGCUGAUGAGAUCUCUAAAACACUGCAGGAAUCAAACACUGAAGACACUCCCAAGACUCUGACACAAAUGUACACACACUUUCUCCGCUUUCAGAUCCAGCAGAGCCGCCGGAAAUAUGAUGGAGAAUACACACCAGAUGUUUCCUGGGAUAAAGAUGCCAUCCUUUCACUGGGGAAACUGGCAUUUCAUCAGCUGGAAAGAAACAACCUGAUCUUCUAUGACACAGACCUGGAAGCCUGUGGUCUUGACGUCUAUAAGGCAUCAGUGUACUCAGGCAUGUGUACCCAGAUCUUUAAGGAGGAAACAGGGAUCGUUCUUGGUACCAUGUACUGCUUUGUUCACUUGAGCAUUCAAGAGUUUAUUGCAGCCCUUUAUGCACAUCUGUUUCUAGACAUCAACAAGACAAGUGUGUUUGAUCAUGAGUCUACAGAACAGGAAAACAGAAAUGAAACCAUGAUUGAUUUUCUCAAGACUGCAGUGGACAAGGCGCUGGAGAGUGACAAUGGACACCUGGACCUUUUCCUUCGCUUCCUCCUCGGUCUGUCACUCCAGUCCAAUCGACGACUCCUACGAGGUCUGUUGACACAGCGAGACGGCACUGACCAGAGCAACAAGGAGAUAGUUCGACGACUCUUACGAGGUCGGUUGACACAGCGAGACGGCACUGACCAGAGCAACAAGGAGAUAGUUCAGUACAUCAAGCAGAAAUUAGAAGCUAAUCUUCCUGCAGAGAGAUCCAUCAAUCUGUUCUACUGUCUGAAUGAACUGAACGACCAAAAUCUGGUGAACGAGAUUCAGACCCACCUUAGCAAAGGAAGUCUCUCAUCUGGUGACCUUUCACCUGCCCAGUGGUCUGCUUUAGCCUUUGUGUUGUUGACAUCAGAGGAAGAGCUGGAGGAGUUUGAGCUUCAGAAAUUCAAGAAAUCAGACGAGUGUCUCAUUAGAUUAUCGGCAGUCAUCAAAACCUCCAAAACAGCCCUGUAAGUCUUUUAAUAUAUUUUGUCAUGUUUAGCUCUCAUCUGA